AUGGCACCUCCACGGCAUUUUGUGAGGAAGCCGGUGGGUGUGGGUGAGGGGAGUGAUAGUUGGGUGUUGAGGGUGUCGGGGUUGUUGAGGGCCAGCAGGACUGAGUCGGCUCGGAUUGUUUUUGGGCUUGUGACGCCGGUUUUGGGGGCAGGUGGGAAGGAGGACGAGGAGGAAGAACUGCCGACAGUGAGCGAGAUCAGGGUUGCUGAGAAUGGGCAGACUGUGUUUAUAGUGGUUUUAGAACGUCGAUCUGGCGAGCUGAUUCGUGAUAAACUGCAUGGGUUUUAUAUUGGACGAGGACAUCGACUGGCAGUGGAGUUUUCCGACCGAACGACACUGGAGCAGCAGCUGCAGAACGACUUUAAUAGCCUCGUUUUUCGAACCCAGCGAAUUUCUCAACAGGAAUCUGGUAGUGGUUUUGACACUAAGAAGAGCUCUGAAUCGUUAACGGCUUCAGAUGAUCGGUCAACUGAAAAAGUGCCAUUGACGGAAGCUGGAGUAAUGGUACCGUCUGUGUCUGCAGCAGCACCAACGCUACCACCACCGGCUACUGAUGCUGCUACUGAUAUGGAAGCGAAAACGUUUCUUGAUUCGCUGAAAAGUUCGCUUCCAACGUACGUUCCAUUUAAAGCGGAUGCUGAGAAUCGAAUUGCUGUUGAGUAUCCUCGCGAUAUCAGGACUCUUCGACUCGUGAAUAUGGUAGUUGAGAAUGUGGUGCAGUAUGGCCCGGCAUUCGAACUGGCUCUUAUGGACCAGCAACAAAACAAUCCAGACUACGAAUUUCUUUUCAAUUUUGAUCUCCCUUUACACAUUUAUUACAGAUGGAAACUGGUUUCUCUCGGCAAAUCACUCGGACUGUCGAAAAACGACACUCCUGGUCUCUCUCGAUCGUCCGUCUCGUUGAACGAUUGGCAGACCUCAACACGUCAGGGAGUUCGGUUUCCUGUUCCCAUGGAACUGUAUCCCAACAUGAAUUUUGUACCACCCUUCCCCCCCGAAACUCUCGACCGUGAAAUCGACGAGUUACAAGACCGUUCCUCCUCCCCCUCCCUCGGUCCACCACCUUUCACAUCCCUCACAUCCACCACUGACCGAGACCGUCGAGUCCGUACUCGACCGUUUCUCGGUGAGAUCCCUGCUCUUCAUUUAACAGUUCUCCUUCGCUACGUUUCGUACGAACGAGGCUCCAUUGCCCGAGUCAUGGCAUUUGCGAUUGACCACGAAGCAGCAGCACCCGAAAUCGUCGACCUCAUUUGCACCUCCAUCGAACACCCGUCCGCAACUACCCAAUCGCGAAUCGCCCGAACUGAAGAGGGCUCGGAUGAUGUCAACGAUGGGGCUGCGGAAAGUGGAGGGCUAUACGAUUGCACUUCCAAGGCGGCAGCAGCAGCAGCAGCGGCAGCAGCAGCGGUUGUAUUAGCCGUAGUGGCAGGAUUAGCAGCAGUAGGAGUCACUGAUCCGGAUAAUGGUGCCAUAACAGGUGGUGGUCCGCUGUUGAUUACUGAUGUUGGUGAAGAAGCAGAUGACGAUUUUCGUCGUCUGGAGCUGUUGUGGUUGUUGUUGUUCUCGUUAUCGUCUUCUUCGUCGUGUGUCAAACUGGACGAGUUGAUAGGACUGGUCUUUUUCGACACUGGCGAGCCCGAACUGUAUUUUUGA